UGUGCCUCAGCCUCCUUAGGAAGCGCCUCCUGCCGGUCCUUCCCCCCGUUGGGGUCCCCAGCACACAGUAGGCGCUUUAACAAAGCUUGCGGUCGCUCUCAGGACCUCGAGGUCAUCCUCCCCCCGUUAGAGGGGAAAGGACUGGCCCAACGCCGCCGCCGCAGGACGGGGCCGAGCUGGACCCAAGCCCGGGAAGACGGAAGGGGGAGGGGGAGGGGGCCUCCCCGGCGCACACACACCCCAGCCCCUGAGCUGGGGGCGGAGCCUCCGCCUGCUUGGGGUCGGAGAGCUUCUGGGUCGGGGCGCGCCUCCUCCCACCCCACCCUGCGCGCCGGGCCCGCAGCACCCCGCCGGCCCCGCCCCCGCGGCCAUCUUACUCCGGCGUUGGGCACCGCGGGCCCAGGGGCCAUGCUGCCCACCCUGCGCCUGGCCAGCCGGCAGCCCGGGCCCUGGGGGGGCCCCGGCGCCCCGAGCCCCGAGGCCGCCGCUCGCCACUCGCUGUCCAGUGCCAACGAGCUGCGCUGCAGACGCCUCCUGGAGGCCAGCACGGCCACGUACCGGCGGCGGGAGGCCAUGGCGGGCGUGCUGGUGCCGCUGUGCUCCGUGCGGGGGGCGCCGUCCCUGCUCUACACACUGCGCUCCAGCCGCCUGACGGGGAGGCACAAGGGGGACGUCAGUUUCCCAGGGGGCAAGUGUGACCCUCAGGACAAGGAUAUCGUGGACACGGCCCUCCGGGAGACGAGGGAAGAGCUGGGCCUGCCCAUCCAGGAGGAGAACGUGUGGGGCGUCAUGAAGCCAGUGACCGACAACAAGAACUCCGUCAUUGUCCCCGUCCUUGCCCACGUGGGGCCCCUGGAGUCCCUGGACCUCACGCCUAACCCACAGGAGGUGGAGGACGUCUUCACGAUGCCGCUAAGCCACCUGCUGCACCCGCGGAACCAGGGCUACACCCACUUCUGCCAGCGGGGCCGCUUCCGCUACACCCUGCCCGUCUUCCUGCACGGCCCCUACCGCAUCUGGGGGCUCACGGCCGUCUUCACGGAGCUCGCCCUGGAGAUGCUGGCGCCGGGGACGUACCGCCGCAUCGCCCGCGUCUCGGGGCCCCCGAGCAGGGGCGAGGCCGCCGCCUAGAGGCCGCCGAGGGGCUGCCCGAGAAGGGCCUGAGCCCGCCGGGGCCGCCGAGGGGGAUCCCCUCUGGGGCCAGCCUCGCUGCUGCUCCGUGUGCAGAGCACUGGGAAGGGCUCGGCCCCCCAGCCUCCUUCCUUCUGUGGGAGGCUUUUCUGGGGGUCUCCCGUCUCCCCACUGUCCAGGGGCUCCCCAUUUCUGAUUCCCUGCUUCAUGCUUUUCUGAACCCCAUUCGUUUGGGCUCACCCGUUCCUGGAAGGCUGGGCCUGGUUUUUGCCUUACUGUAUCUCGCUGUGCGGCCGGCGUCUGAUGCGAGCAAGCAGUUCAUAGAUGUUUGUGGAUCGACUCCUCAACCUGGAAAUAGUCGCCUUAGAAUCAGCCUCCGUCUAGAGUCCACCAUCUUGACGCCACCUCAGUCCGACUUAAUAAAGGCUGACUUCCUGGACCCGAAAA